UGCAAGAUUAUUUGUUUGUUUAUUUAUUGCUUUUCAUUUAGACAUAAAGAUCAUAAAGUCUGGUGUACGUCUGAAGAAAUCACAGCAUUUUAAUCAUCAUCAUCAUCAUCCCUUCUUUAUGCGAACAGGUGUGGAUAUGAGCAGACCAGGCACUACCUGUGUGGACAGCAGCACACCUGAGACAGAGCUGUGCACAGAAGAAUCAGGGGAAGGUGCAGAUGAAGAGGACGGAUUCCCACGUCCCAUCCCCUGGCGGAAGAUUGAGGCGCAGGAGCUCGACUGUGACUAUGGCUUGCUUUUCUCCAGUGAUGAAGCAAACAGGCUGUUCAUGCAGCUAGAGGAAGAGGUGGAGUACUUCACAGAUGACGAAGCGAAGGUGCAGGUGUAUGGGAAGAUGUACAGUAUUCCCCGCAAGCAGGCGACGUACGGAGAUGAAGGACUGGUGUAUUCUUUUUCUGGAGUGCAUCUUGCAGCCAGAGUCUGGCCUCCGACAGUGGAAUACAUCCGUGAUGCUGUGACCAACGCCACCGGCCACACCUUCAACUUUGUCCUGAUAAACAGGUAUAAAGACGGACAGGAUCACAUCGGGGAACACAGGGACGACGAGCACGAGUUGGAUCCCUCUUGCCCCAUCGCCGGGGUGUCUCUCGGAGCUGCACGCGACUUCGUGUUCAGACAUAAAGAUGCCCGCAGGGAGCCAAAGAAAUUUCCUAUAGAGCCAGUAAAAUUGGAACUGGCCCACGGAAGCCUUCUCCUUAUGAACCCUCCCACUAACACAUUCUGGUAUCACAGUGUCCCAGUGCGGAAAAAGGUGAAGACCCCGCGCAUCAGUCUUACCUUCAGGCGCAUUAUUAAAGGUCGACAGAAAAGGAAAAAGGAGUGACUUUUCUGUAAAUGUGACCAAUUGGUUAUUUAAAUUCUGAAAAUUCUGUAAGGAAUUGUAAGUUUUUCAGAGUUAAUAGCUUUGUCUGUAAAAUAACAGAACGCAGCUGAUUCUGCUAGAGGGUGCAUACAAGUUUUGGUGCCAUUUGGGGUCAUUACAUGACUGUUCGAAUCCAAUUUGCUCCAAAUUUGAUGUGUGUAGUGCAUCUACAAAAACCAAAUGUGUGGUUGUGAAAGGGUGGUAAAAUCAUGUUAAUGUUUUGGGAAAUGGAACGAAACUAAACAGAUUAUAUUAAAAUGUGCACGCCCAAGUCUGCGGUACAUUAUGGGUUCUACAUACGUCCCCUUAUCUUCCAAAAGUAACACUACAUAGAAACAUGAAAACUCCGAUAAGAAAGCAAGAAAAAACAGAUUGUAUUUUGAGAUGUACUUGGAACAGACAAAUUCUAAUAUUUCUAUUAAAGAAACUUUGCU